CAAAACUAGAACGCUGUGGCGACGAGAUUACAGUAGUGAAGAUUUGUCAGAGUGGGAGGAAGCGAACUAAGAGCACAGGGAGGAGGUGAUCAAUAUAUUAUUUACAGAUAUAUAAGCAGGCAGAGGGAACCAGGAUUAUUAUGGCGUCAGGGGACACGCUGUACAUUGAGACAGACGGGACGGAGAUGCCAGCAGAAAUAGUUGAACUGCAUGAAAUCGAGGUGGAAACCAUCGAGACGACAGUUGUCGGAGAGGACGGCGAACAGCAGCCGAUGAUCGCCUUACAGCCUCUGGAUGAUCCACACCAGCUCCACUCGCACCAGGAGGUGAUCCUGGUCCAAACCAGAGAGGAGGUGGUCGGAGAGGAGGACUCGGAACUGCACACAGAGGACGGGUAUGAGGAUCAGAUUCUGAUCCCGGUGCCCGCUGUUGAGGAGGACUACAUCGAGCACACUCUGGUUACUGUGGCGGGGAGAAGCUCGUCCGCAGGCCGUGUGAAGAAGAGCGGAAGCGGGAAAAAAGCGGGCAAAAAGAGCUACAUAAGCGGUGGAGAGAUGGGCCGAAAGUGGGAGCAGAAACAGGUCCAAAUAAAGACUCUGGAGGGGGAGUUUUCCGUAACUAUGUGGGCUUCAGAUGACAAAAAAGACAUUGAUCACGAGGAGCAGAUUGCAGGGGAGAACUCUCCUCCGGAUUAUUCUGAAUAUAUGACGGGAAAGAAGCUCCCUCCAGGAGGCAUCCCAGGCAUUGACCUGUCAGAUCCCAAGCAGCUGGCAGAGUUUGCACGAAUGAAGCCAAGAAAAGUAAAAGAAGAUGAUGCACCCAGGACAAUAGCCUGUCCACAUAAAGGAUGCACCAAGAUGUUCAGGGACAACUCAGCGAUGAGGAAGCACUUGCACACUCACGGGCCUCGCGUGCAUGUCUGCGCAGAGUGUGGCAAGGCUUUUGUGGAGAGUUCAAAACUGAAAAGACAUCAGUUGGUCCACACGGGGGAGAAACCUUUCCAAUGCACAUUUGAGGGAUGUGGCAAGCGCUUCUCUCUGGACUUUAACCUGCGCACUCAUGUGCGGAUUCACACAGGAGACCGCCCUUAUGUGUGUCCUUUUGACGGCUGCAACAAAAAAUUUGCUCAGUCCACCAACCUGAAGUCUCACAUCCUCACACACGCUAAAGCCAAAAAUAAUCAGUAAGGUAGCCCUGAAUGAACUGGGCUCGGAACCAGCAAGAAAAACUGUAGGACUUGAGCUCCGCCUGCGUCUGGGGGAACUCGCCUAAUGUUGCUUGGACUGCUUUUUCUUUGAGAUGACUCUCUUUGUAUUGCAGAUAGAAAAGAAAACGGAAAACAAAUCCCUUUUUGUGAAACUUUUGAUAAUAAAUGGAGGUCUGAGGGAAGGGGUUGCAACAAAUCAGCCCGUCUGAGCUGGCCUCCCACACUUUGACUCUACCUGGAUGGAAUAUUUUAGGGUUUCUUCUGAUGAAGAUGUUAAUUCAUGGAUCUGCACCUGGAAAACUCUUAUUUAUACCUUCACAAAUAGUUGUGAAAUUUGCAUUAAUCUCCACCAGCUUUUUAGUUUUGUACUUUUCCCCAAGUGUGCAUAUUGUACACUGUUUGAUGUAAGCUUUGUGGUCCGUAUGUAUUUAAGAGUGUCCUGUAGGCCUUUCUGUAAGGUUUCAAAGAUUGUUUUGCUUCCCUUUGUUCUCCUUCAUGGCACUGUUUCUGAGGAGAUCAGCCAGGAAUAGCUUUCAUUUUCUACAACACGUAGAUAAUUAUCAUGUGCUUUAUUUUUCUUCCAGUAGAUGUCAUUGAUUAAAUUGUUUCUCCCGAUUGCA